GCCAAAAAUCAGCGACGAGCUCAAGUCUGUUCCCAGUUUCUAUAUGCCCUUCAUUUCGGCUUGCAUUCUAGUGCGAUUCUCUCGACAUCCUUCCCGUGGGGCACUUCUUGGUCGCACACAUACUACUUCUCAUCAUGCCGAAUCUGUGGAAGCGGAUACACAAACUGAAAGCUAAGCUUCUCGAUGUCCGACUCGGAACAGGCGCCGCAACUUUUCCCUCUGCAGCCACGGCAACUAAAGAUUUCCCAGCCAUCACACGCCUACAUUUGACAUACGCGCGGAAGAUUUAUGGCGGACACCAGGGCGCGCGGCAUUUUUGGCGGAACUGUCUUCCUCGACUCAAGUACCAUAACCCAGCGGUGCCUAUGACCGUGAAACAGACCACAGACCAGGAAGGUCCCGCUUCUUUGACGAUAUACUUCUCGGAAAACCUCAGCAAAGCCGCGUUAAGCAAUGCCACCAACAUGACUGAUCAGCAUGCCCCUGUACCCUCUGCGUCGGAAAAAACCGCCGUUCUCGACCUCAAAAACCUCCCAUACGCAGAUAUUUGGCACAAUGUGAAGGUAUUGACCGGCGCACAGGAGGUAUCACCGACAACAGAGGAGCAAGUGGAGUUGAAGAAGGUUGAGCAGAUGCGACUAAAGGCAGUGGAGGACCGAAAACGAGUCGCCGGAAUCCGUCAGGCAAAGAAGGACCAGGAGAAGAUGCUGGAGCAGGCGAGAGGAGAAGUUGCGAAGCUUCGGCAGUCAUAGGCUUCGCUUCACCUACUCUUCGCUGGUAGUAUGGACACUUGGGACUCAUGGUCAUUGUAGCAUAGCAUUUCUUUACAACCCCUGUCAUGUAAUAUUAGGGUAUCUUCUCAUUUCUUUUUUAUACAACUCACUUACGCAACCCUUCGGCUCUAGCAACUCGAAACAGGUAGAGAGUUGAGUUUCCCACAUGUACCAGUGGCACCGAUCUAGCUCUUCAAGUGCAAGU